AGUGGAGUGAGUUUCUUUCCUUCCUGGCUGACAGUGUGUGGAAGAUUGCAGUGAGGUUAUCAUCGAGAAGUCCGCUGGUGAUCUUUACGACUUGGAGAUAUGCCUUCGGGAAUUCGGUCCACCCGCCGGUUACGACAAUGGAUUGUGGAGCAGGUGAACAGUGGGAAGUAUCCUGGUCUUAUUUGGGAUGAUCCAGCCAAAACCAUGUUCCGCAUCCCCUGGAAGCAUGCUGGUAAACAAGAUUUUCGCAGCGAGGAGGAUGCUGCUAUUUUUAAGGCUUGGGCUGAGUUCAAGGGGAAGCUGACUGAAGCUGGCCGCUCCGACCCGGCCUCCUGGAAAACCAGGCUGCGCUGUGCCCUAAACAAGAGCCCAGAGUUCAGUGAGAUCACAGAUAGGUCACAGCUGGACAUAUCGGAGCCGUACAAAGUCUACCGCCUGGUCCCGAUCUGUGAGCAAGGGCGACUGAGUCCCAAAAAAGAGAAGGAUGCAGCACCCUCCGGGAGGAGGAGGAGAAGGAGGAGAAGCCAGACAGAUAGUGAGGAGGAUGAAGAGGAACAGGAGCAGGAGAUACCGGCCAAGAUGAUCAAGGAGCAGGCCACAGCUGUGCAGCAGAUCAGCAUGUUACAGCAACUGGAUCCUAUCGCCGAUGUCAGCGCGCAAGUCACAGAACCCACAGUAACCUUGAAGACUGAUGGCCUCAACGAAAUCCAACUGAAUGUCACAAUUGAGACCACACCACAACCCAUGCCAGCCCCCCACUCCUUCCGGGUGUCUGUGCAGUAUCUGGGUCAGGAUAUGCUCGCUCACGAGGUCCAGGACAACAGCAUACGCGUCUCCUACUGCCCGGUGGCCCCCGUGCCCCCCUCUCCGUCGUCCGAGCCCACGUUCCACCGGAUCCCCCUUCCCGACCCCCCCUGCUCCAUGCCCUCCGAACCCAGGCAAGCCAUCUCCACCCUGCUGCCCUUCAUGGAGAAGGGGGUGAUGCUGACGUCUGCCGGAGGGGGGGUGUACGCUAAGCGCUCCUGCCAGGGACGAGUGUUCUGGAGGGGGCCGCACACGCACUCCUCCGUCAUGCACAAGAUGGAACGCACCCCAGAACCCGUGAUGGUGUUCAGCAGAGAAACAUUUCAAGAAGAACUGCGGCUCUAUCAAACGACUGGAGGUCCUCCCCCACAGACUGGCAUCACCAUGUGCUUUGGAGAAGAGCUUCAGCAUGAGGAGGACCCUGCCUCCAAACUUAUCAUUGUUCAGAUCUCGUUCCCUUGGGCGGAGGAACUGAUCAGGGAGGCUGACGCCCUUCGAGAGUCGGUGUCCAUCCUGCAGAGCUUAGCCAAUCAGUCUCCUCUCGGGGAGGUCACCCUCAACCUCAUCCAGAUACCACAGCCGUGAAGGCCCGGGGCCUUCCAUAACAUCCAGAACAUGGACGCAUGGUUAGCUAAAGCCAGGGUGGGAUUUGUCACACACAAAAAAACCUAGGAUGGAUCACUUUCAACAUUUUUAGCAACAUCUCUAAACAGGAAUUGAAAUACUGUCGAAGAUGGUGACAACAGAAGGGGGUGUGAGGGGAAUGUGCCCCCCCCCCCUUUUACAAAUUGCACCCAGACUACAUCAUUUGUCUCUGUGUGAUUUUAAAGCAUUACCUACGAAAAGCACUACAUGUUUUCCUCCCUCCAAAGAGAAGCCAAGUUUUCUUUACGUCAAUGCACUUUUAUAAAGAGAUCUGGGCGAUAUAGUCUUCACAUGUAGCAAUUUUCUUACAUCUAGGCCCACUGAAUGUGAACAAUGACGUUAACACUCAAUGGAUUUUAUCUCCUUUAGAUAGAUAAAAUAGAUUGCUAGUUAGACUUUUCAGUAUGGUCUAUUCAUGUAUUUAAUGAUUAGAAACUAUUUGUCCCAGCAUAUAUUUAUUAUA